CUUUAUUGGUAUGUUUUAAAACGUUAACAUAAUGUUUAGAUGCCCUAUUGUCGAUAUCCACGAGACUUUUGGAAAAUCGUAUAGUAGUACAAAUUUGAAAUAGAGAUUAGAAAUAAUAGCGAAGAAUAAAAUGUCGGAACCACCUGAAGGUAAACACUCAGGUAACGAAAUAAUGGAAAGCAUUAUUCACCAAUCGCUGCCAUUUACCAAGAAAAACAAGUACUCAGGACCGGGAAUAAUAUGCAGCGUCGACGGUAAAAUGAUAAUUAAUCUGGAAGACAUCUGCCCGCCUGUUCCUCUUUACGACGCUUCCAGAGGCAUGCAUCAGGAAUUUCUGGUGUAUGCCGUCGAAACGGUUGAAGGCGACGGAGCACCCGAUGAUAGACUCGUUUUCCAUACAGAAGACGAAGACAGAAAAGAUUUUUUCAUCGACAUCAUGACGAUCCUUUCCAUACAAAUUGUAGUAACGUUUUCCAUAGUAUUCGCCUGCUUCUACAUAGAUGAGUUGAGAAAGAUAAUAUCAGCAUCUGAAUUGGCGACUUUAUUAGUACUGUCAACAGAAUUUUAUCUGUUUGUGGCGUUGCUUUGCUCGAAAAAAGCUAGGCAAAAUGUACCACUCAAUUUCAUCAUACUGGGUUCGUUUACUCUAUGCACGAGUUACCUUAUAAGCAUCACACACGCCAAAUUCAGCACUACGAAACUGUUACUAAUAAGUUUGAGCGUAACCGUGCUCAUAGCCAUGCUGAUAUCAUUGCUGUCCUGCAUGCCCUGUUGCGAUAUUACCGGCCGAUAUUUGCUGGUUGAUACUCUACUGAUCAGCGGAGUGGUGCUGUUUAUACUCGGGUUCGUGUACUAUUGGGCCACCGGAGGUACCAUUGUCUUGUACGCUUUCGUGUGUUUGUUCUUACUGUUAACGUCUGUGUCUCUUCUACACCAGUUUCAGUUGUUGCUGGGAAAAGGAAAGUAUGCUAUACAUACUGAUGAAUACAUUUUAGCAUCGGUGACUCUCUACAUACCGUUGGUUAUUUUAUUCACGGCUUUACCCAUAAUGAUGGCAGGUCCACCGAGGAAAUAAAUGUCUUGCUAUAGGUGAUUAUUG